AAGGGAACUAUGCGAAAUAGCUUGGGGCUGUGCAAGACUUGCAAAUGAUUGUUUAACAGAUUUUCUCAUCAACUAAGUGCUUGACCGAGUUCGUGCCCACCUCAGGCUCUGCGGAUGUUGGCUGUUGGACUUGAAUAUUAGUUAUGCAGCCACCAUUGUUCGCCUUUCUGUCCCUUGGAUCUCCUUGUUUCUAUAGGACAAAAGUUUCAUUUUGCAGUUUUUUCAUUCUCAUAUCUGGCAUGGCUUGGAGAGAUUCUUCUGGUGCAGCAAAUGAAGAUGGCAAGACAGGAUUGGGCAGACCAGUAAACCAUUUUAUAGGUGAUGUUACCUGUCCAGACGAUAGUGGACAAACUCCCUCUGCUGAUUUUCCAACUAACGAAACCAGUGAAAAAGUUGCUGCUUGAGAGGAAGUGAUCAAGAAAAAUGUUAUAACUGUAAUGAAUUAUGAACAAGAGGAGUUGUUGCGAGAUAGAAGAAGAGAUGGCUGCUCUACAUACCAAGAUAGAAGAACUGAAGGAACUCGGAAAUCGGUUCAUUCCAUCCACAAUGACUAAAAUCAUCCGAGGAGAAGUAAUGGAAUUUGUAGCCCAUCUCAAGCAUCAUUAUCGAAUGGAGAUGUAUAAAGAUUCAAGUAUAGGACCAUGGAAUUCUUGCUCGCGUCAUUUCUGCCACAGAAAGCCUUUCGAAGUAGAGGCAGUCUCAUUUUACCAAAAAGAAGAUGAAAGAGAUGCUAUAUACGGUUGUAAAGAGAGUGGGUUUUUCCUUCAUGAAAUUUGUGCUCAAUUUCAAUUGCCUCAAGAGUGGAACCAUUCCUGUCACUCUGAGGAUCCUCUUUCGCUUUACGAAGUGGAAUCCGGUGCUCCUCAGAAGUUCCAGUGCCAUUUAUGUGAAUCCAAUGGUUCAAAUUUUGUGUACCAUUGUGCAAUCUGUAAGUUCAGCAUAGACCUUCUUUGCAUUAACUUGAAGCCUACCAAGAAAUUGGAAGUUCAUGCCCCUGAAAACAACCACCGGCAUCCCCUAUUCAUAUUUGAAGCACCAUUUGUGGUCGAUUUUCGCUGCUCUUUUUGCCAUAGUCACAUCUAUGGGACUGUCUGUCUUGAUUCAUUGCAGAAACAUAUCGCAUGA